GUUCUGUGAUCUCUAUAAAUACAGGUCCUAUUUCUGAAAGAGUAUCAGUUGAAACUUAGGAACCAGCUUAGAAAAGUGGCAAAAAGGUAACAAUAUAGCAUCGCAGGUGAAAAAGAAAAGAGGCAAACAGCAGAACAAUUAUAGAUCUGGAUAUACUUUCACAACUUGGCAAAAGGCAACGGAGUUCGAGUGCAAUAUAGUUAGUGUGCAAUUUGCAAGAUGGAGUUCUCGGUGAUUUUUGUGUGCAUGGGCGUUUUGCUCAUGGGCACCGCAAACGCGGAGUAUAACUACAAGACAGGGUUUCUGAACGCGCAGGGAGUCCCCGAUGGUGGGAUGGAUGUUGUACCGCCAUCAUUCGAAGAAAUUCAGGCUUUUGGCACUGCAAAUAGUGGUGACGCAUUUACAAACAUUAUGGCAAGAAAUAUAGCUAUAAACGAGACGGAGUUGUGUCUCGAGCAGGGUGAUAUUCCCGUCCCAUGUAACAGCACCGGUCGAGCCAAACGAAACGCUCUCCGUGAUCGCGGAAUGAGAUGGGUAAACGGUGUGGUUCCAUACGUCAUCGACAACCGAUACGAUUACGGUACUCGCGCUCGCAUCACGAGGGCUAUGGAACGUUACCAUGAAACCACUUGCAUCCGAUUCGUAGAGAGAACAAGAGAAACAGACUACAUCUAUAUCUUCCCCGGUAACGGGUGUUAUUCUCUGGUCGGCCGUGUCGGGGGUCAGCAGCAGGUUUCUCUGGGAAAUGGCUGCACUACGAACUUGGGUACGAUCAUUCACGAACUCAUGCACGCCGUCGGAUUCCACCACGAACAGACGCGAACAGACCGCGAUACAUACGUCUACAUCUACUUCAACAAUAUCAUUCAAGGUCUUGAAUACAACUUCGACAAGUAUGAACAAACCUACAUCGACCACCUCGGUACCCCAUACGAUUUGUUCUCCGUCAUGCACUACCACAUGACCGCGUUUACAUCGAACGGACUGCCGACCAUCGUCGCUCGCGACCAGAGAUUCCAGCUCGACUACCGUUCCGAUUUCAGUGACAACGACAUCAACAAACUCAACAUUUACUAUGAAUGUGACGGCAACACUGUCGAUCCCACGUUACCGGAGGAAGUUGAUUGUGUUGAUAGUAAUCAAAACUGUCCUGGUUGGGCUGGUGCUGGAUACUGUGCUACUAACUCCUGGAUGAUUGCCAAUUGUAAGCUCAGCUGCGCAGUCUGUGUCAUUACUCCUACUCCUACUCCAGGAACCGGAGGCAAUGAUGACUGCAAGGACAUGAACGAUAACUGUGCUGGUUGGGCUAAUGCGGGCGAGUGUCAAGCCAACCCAUCCUGGAUGUUGCCCAACUGUCCCGUCAGUUGCGAUCAGUGUCAAACCGUCAAUCCCGGUGAAAACUGCAUAGACAUGAAUGAUAAUUGUGCAAUUUGGGCCAAGUAUCGACAGUGCACCGAAAACCCUGGCUACAUGCUCGAAUUCUGUCCCCGUUCCUGUGGGCAAUGCGUUGGUAGCGCUAUAAUGCAAACUUGUGAGGAUUUCAAUGAACAAUGUGCAGACUGGGCAAGUACGGAUCAGUGCCAGCUGAAUCCGGGUUACAUGAACUACGAGUGUAGGAAGAGCUGUUCACUCUGUGCAGCCAGCUCGCCUUUGGAACUGCUACCGCAAACUCAAUGCCAAGACACGAGUGGUUACUGUUCUGUGUAUGCUGAGGAUGGGAUGUGCGAGUCGAAGCCCGAGUACAUGGGCCUGGUUUGCCCCGACACCUGUCGGAUGUGCCCCGGCAAGAUCUACGCCGAUAGUGGGUCUACGCCGAUCUACCCCGAUAGUGGGUCUACUGAACUUCGAUCCUUCUACGGCUUCCUUGGCGCCCUUGUCAUCUCAUUUCUUGCUCGCAGAUUAGCUCUGUAAACAAAAAAUCCUCUUAUUAUAUUAGCUCUGUCAUCCAGUCUUUUGGGGGGUAUUAGUAUCUUCACUUCAGUUCAAACCUGGAAAGUUGAUAACUAUAGUUAUGCGGUCAAUUACAACCGGAGGUAAUAUGCUCUAUACUGUUGAUUCAGUGCAAAAGUUGCAGAACUUACGGAAUCAUAAUCAUAAAUAAGAUUUCAGAGUUGUUAAGCUUCUUUUUCUUUUUUUACUGUUUUGUGUCACUAAAUAGUGAUCUAAUACCACAACAAUCAUUCUGGUCCAGUCUUCAAUAUGGUGAAGCUUAUCACUAUCGUCAAUUUUUAUGUUAAAACAAAAUCAGUUUGUUUU